AUGAUGGCGGCGGUGGGGCGUCCCGCGUUGUUUGUGGUGGCCGUCGUGCUGUGCUGCGUGUGUGGCUGUGCAGCGGCCCCUGCCGAGGGCAUCGGUGACGAGGAGCAAGUGAUUGUUGCCCUGCAGAAGGCGAGGGAUAAGGCGGUUGAGGCCAAGAAUGCGGUGAAUGAGGCCAAGAGUGAGGUGGGCGCAAUCAAGCAAGCAACGGAGCAAUUCAAGGCUGUGGCUCAAUCGGCUUCAGAGGCGGCUACUGCGCUUAAUGCCGCAGUGAAGGACAAGACGGAUGGUGAGACGAAUAAUCUUGAUGGUGUGGCCGGCUUGGCUGAUACCGCAGUGAACACGACUAAGAAGUCUUACGAAGCAGUUGGUUUAAUUUGGCAAAAGGUAACGGACGCAGUGAA